AUGACUGCAGAGGAAUUACAAGCCUUAAAAGAGUAUCGCUCGACAACCAAAGUUAUUUCUCUGAACGAGCUCCUCGAAGAGGCUCACCACCACUCGCCUCGGUGUAGCGCAUCCUCAGAUCGUGAGCCUCGAAGAUACGCUCGCCACCAAUCGCCUCAUCACAACCCAUCAUCGAACCGCCCCCUUCGAAGAGAAGCUCGUCGCCGGUCACCACGCCCCUUGAGGCAAAGGGCUCCUCCAAGGGAGAGAGCGGAGCAUAGCCGUCGAGAGAGAAGUGUUUCUUCUCGGCCGGGUGUGGCACGCCACGAAUCACGAUACAACAGGAAUAACGAGCGCUCCUAUCGCCAUAGAGGCUCUAUUGGAAAUAAAUUUGGAAGUAGAUAUUCCCAAUCUGAAAAGAAAAUGAGUCGUGAUGGCAUUGAUGACCGAUCCCCCAAUCUACCCCAAUUUGACGGGACCGGAGAUCCCCAAGAACAUUUAAAUAACUUUUACGCCAAGCUUGACCUCUACGGCCUCAGUAACGCAGCUUACUGCAAGAUUUUUCAGACUACGCUGACUGAUCACGCACAAGUUUGGUUCAACGGCUUGCCCGGAGGGUCCUUAGACAAUCUGGACCAACUAGCGACACAUUUCCUUAACCACGACUCAAUGAAUAAGAAAUAUGCCAAAACUGGAUCGUAUCUCUUCAAGGUCAUACAACGAGACGGAGAGCCACUCAGAGAUUACAUACAACGAUUUGUCAAAGCAGUACAUGAAGUGCGCCACGUUACUCACAAGAUGUUAGCCGGCAUACUACAACAAAAUUUGAAGCAUGUUCGUUUUCGAGAGUCCAUCACGGGCCGACCCCCUAAGACCCUGGAGGAGCUCUUGAACCGCGCUGGGAAGUACCCCUUAAAUGAAAGCGCGAGGUGGAAAGCCACAACUGUAAUAGAGAAGAAUAGAGACAUCCCAUCGAAAAUCGCACCUUCGGGAAGUUCUCACCUCAAGGAUAAACUUCUUGACAUUAUGAUCAUCGCUGAGCAGAAGGGUAUUCUUCAACCACCGAAAAGGAUGAAUGAGAAUCCAGAACGACAAAAGUCGGAUAACUACUGUGAAUACCACAGAGAUCGGGGUCACACUACUGAGGAGUGCUUUCAGCUUAAGCAAUCACUCGAAAGACUUCUCCAAGAUGGGCACUUGAGCGAAUUCCUAGAACAAUCGCAAUCCUGAAGAAAUACUUUACUUAAUAUUUAUUAUUGCCUCACGCGGGCUCCAUGUAAUUUCUUUUCAGCAAUAAGUCGGGGGCAUAUCGUCCCGCGCAAUAUUUCCAAUCAGGUAAUAAGUCGCUAGCAUACCGCACCGCUCAAUAUUUCCAAUUAUGUAAUAAAUCGGCGGCACACUACCAGCCGCAAGAUUAUUAAUAAACUAUUUUAGCCGGUGGGAUACCGCCGCCGUAAUUUCUACAUCAACAAAAGUAGCUAAAUGGGAAGAUAUCAAGGAUCACAAAGGGUCUGGCCAACUCGAACCUUGGUUUCUCGCUCCCAGAGCUCCAAAAAAUAGAGCAACUAAAGCUCAAGGAAGUCUGAUCUGCCAUAAAAGUUCGUAUAAAACACUUAGGCAAACGGACUUCCCACAUAAAAAACUUGAGGGUCUGAUCAACCGCCAAGUA